AUGCAUGCAGCCUUGGAAAGUGCCUCUUACACCUCAGCAGCAGGUGAUUCGUCGCCUGUUGUUGUGAUUUGUCCACGUGGUGAGUCACCACGUGCGACAGGUACAUCCGUUAAGUUUACAGCGGGUACCACGAGUCGUAAUCAAAAUGAGUCUGAGAUAGAGCUCAUCUAUUCUGGCGAGUCUUAUGAUGCAUUCGACUCGAAGGCGACACCCCACGCCUCCGGAUCACCCGGGGCGGACAAUGCAAGAGCCAGGUUGACUGGACCUGGUCAACGCGGCGGUAUCAUGUCCGAGAUCUUCGGAUCGAGUGAUUACUCCGACGAAUCUCCACCUCACGCAAGUCCAUCCAACGAUAGGACGCGCGGGGAUGGUGGUGAUGCAUCUAUACGUCACCACGACGAAGAAAUUCGAGGGAUCGGGGUAACACUGGUGCCAGUGCUCAUGCUGGCACCAAUCAAGAGGCCAUGGACCGAAAUGUCCUGUGCACGCUCCCCAAGUGGAGUCUCUGUGGAUGCCGCCAUCCAGGGAGUUGGACCGGUUGGCCGGCAUGACUACCGAACGGGAUCAAAUCCCGUUGUUCGAGUGCUGGAGGAGCAGUCCACCUGA